AUGGCAGUAGAAACGUCCUCCGAUGGCGAAGCGAAUUCCUUCCAACAUGUUCAGAGGGUGAAAAAGUCCAUGUGGGAGUCUAUAUUCGCUAACCCCAAAGUCCUCAUGAUCGCAUUUUUCGCCUCAUUUGGCGGUUUUGAAUAUGGCUACCAACAGGGUGUGUUGGGCCAGUCUUUGGUCAUGACGCGGUUCAAAGAGAACUUCCCCUCCGUGGUGGAUUCCUCUGCAGCCACGGGCUGGCUCACUUCCAUUCUGCAGUUAGGUGGAAUCGUGGGGUCUUUGGCCGCUGGAAUCUUGGGAGAAAUCUAUUCGCGCAAGUACACCAUGUUCUUUGCCUGCUGUUGGGUCAUCCUAGGGAGCUAUCUUUAUGUCGGCGCUUCCGCGGGCCAACCCUCGCUUUUGUACGCAGGACGAUUCUUCACCGGUCUAGGAGUUGGUCUGUUCAGCGGUGUUGGACCCUUGUAUAAUGCCGAGCUGGCUGCUCCCGAGAUGCGUGGCCUUUUGGUUUCGUUUUAUCAGUUUGCGACCAUCCUGGGGAUCAUGAUCUCCUUCUGGGUGGGUUACGGAAGUAACUAUAUUGGAGGCCCGGGCGCGUCGCAAUCUGAUCUUGCAUGGCGCCUGCCGUCCAUCGUUCAGGGCAUUCCGGCCGUCGCGCUGGCUUGCGGCAUCUGGUUUAUGCCCUUCUCCCCAAGAUGGCUGGUCAAGCAGGGCCGAGAUGAGAAGGCUCUCGCUACGCUUGCGUGGAUGCGGAAGUUACCCCAGGACCACGACCUGGUCCAGGUGGAGUUCCUAGAGAUCAAAGCAGAAGCUCUGUUCGAGGCAAGAGCAUUUGCCAAGGCAACCCCCUGGCUGGCCGAGAGAGAGAACAAGAGUGUCUUCAUGAGCCAAAUUGCGCAAUACGCCAACUGCCUCCGGACCAUGGACAACAUCAAACGAGUGGCCACGGCGUGGCUGAUUAUGUUCUUCCAGCAGUGGAGUGGUGUUGACGCCAUUAUCUACUAUGCCUCCAAUGUAUUCGUCAGUCUCGGACUGACGGGAGGCACUGUUGCUCUCUUAGCCACUGGCGUGACUGGUGUGGUCUUCAUUAUCAGCACGGUUCCAGGCAUGUUGGUCAUCGAUAAGGUCGGCCGAAAGCCCAUGCUGAUCGUCGGAUCGGUGGUAAUGUUCGUUAGUAUGGUGAUUGUGGGUGUAAUCGUGGCGAAAUUCCGCCAUGAUUGGCCUUCUCAUGUCGCCGCCGGUUGGACUGCCGUAGCACUAAUCUGGGUCUAUAUUGCUGGUUUUGGCGCCACAUGGGGACCCUGCUCGUGGACGCUGGUGUCAGAGAUUUUCCCUCUUUCCAUCCGCGCCAAGGGUGCUUCGAUUGGAGCUUCCAGCAACUGGAUCAACAACUUUGCUAUCGCGUUCUUUGUGCCUCCAAUGCUGAAUGCAUGGGCAUGGGGUACCUACAUAUUUUUCGCCGUUUUCCUGCUCGUCGGCAUUUGCUGGGUAUACUUUUUCCUCCCUGAAACUAAGAACGUGACGCUGGAGGAGAUGGAUAAGGUGUUCAAGAGCAACGCUGGGGAGCAAGAUGCCGAGCUCCUGCGGGAGGCGCAGAGAGAGGUCGGAUUAACUGCAUGUCUCGAAAGGCUCUCCAAAGUACCGGGGACUGUUGAGAAAGAUAGCCAAGCGGUCUAUGUUGAGAAAGUAUAA